UGCUGUAAUUGUUAUUAUUAUAAUUAUUUUGCUGUGUGCUAAUUUCGCUAGCAUGUCUGUGAGAAUCGCCAUUUUAUGUAAGCAUCAAAUGCUAGAGGAAUUAUGAUACGCUUGUGUAAAUUUGCAUUAUAAGUCCAUUCCUUUCAGCUGUUCCAUAGUACUUUUUAAUGUAGGAGGCUGGACCUUUUCAAUUUCUGAGUUAUCGGGAAUUAAAUAAUACAUCACGAUGUGUGAAGCUACUAAUAAUUAAUAAUAUAUAGAAUAUGCCAUUUUUUCCUUCUGAUAAUCAGUUUUUAUCGACACAGAAGACUGGUGUCUCCCCGCAUUGGAUGGUGGAGACACAACCAGUUUGGUUUGGUCACAGGUGUGGCCCUGCUACUGGCUGAGCCAUGUCAGCACGGGUACAGGUCAGGUACUAUUUUGUAGUAGAAAACUGUCAGUUUGUGGUAUAGGUCAGGUACAGCUUGGUUCCUGGUGGCAGUGGAAAAGUGCCAAUAGAGUUACCAAGUCUAUAAAUUGUCCGUAGGGAAAUAUCAUCGGUAUCCAAAUUGCACAUGACAAAGCCAUGGGAUUAGCAGACCUUCCAAAGGAUUCCAGCGAGUUAUCUUGUAUGCUAAGCAAGGAUGAUGUGUCCCUGAAGAAAUGGAGUUUGCCUGUGGUUUUGUCUACGUUCCCCAACCGGCCAAUUUAAAAUCAGCACAGAAACAAACUCCAGCUCCUCUGAAACGAUCACCCCUUCUCCCACCCCCAUAUAAACCCCGGGCCCAUUCGCCCACUCCCCCCGCUCAUCCCCUGCCUCCCCCUCAAAAAAAUCUGGAGGGCUCAGCAAGAAAUGCCAGUGGCAGUCCAGAGUGCUGGACCAGUGUGCACGUGCACAGGGACACGACCUGCCAAAUGAGGGAGAAAACAGACACGCCCACUUCACAAGUCCUGCCAUUAAAACCUUUGCAUGGAGAGCGAAAGAAAGCACUCCUCCGCCCACCAAUGAAAUUCCAGCUAGGGCGCCUCUCUCCGCCCAACUUUUUAUUUGGACAAUCCAGAUCCGUUUUACCUCACGAGCAAAGACAGGGGGAUAGCCUCUGCAAGCAGGGAGAUAAGAGUGAGUCAGAGUCUGUUGACUCUGACUGCGGCUCCUUUCACCAGACACCAGGGGGCGCCAGGGCUGAACGGAGACAUCCCCAGGAUAUUCCCAAGAUCAAACAAUCAGACAAGCCAGCUCUUGUGCCCCUACAAUCUUCGAGCUCGUUCCUCUUGAAUAGGCUUCCGGAAUAUGAGGCACUCAGUAAUAAACACUCUUCCAUUCCUCCAUCUGACCCUAUGCCGUCAUCACAUUCCCCAAACAGUCUAUCUGAAGUUCUGUUGGACAAGCAACUUUUGCCAGGGAACCCAAAUGUGAUUCUAGUCGCAGUGGGGAAAUUAGUGACUGAAGAAAAUGUGAACACAAUAGAGUGCGAGCCUACAGCCUGCUCACAGUGUGGGUCAGCAAGGGAGUCCCUUUAUGACAAUCUGGUGGAAAACUGCUAUUUCUGCCAGCCAUGGAAAUCUUCUCAAGGUUAUUGUGCUACAACGGAAUGUCAAGAUUUUCUAUUUCCCCUGACCCCAGAGCCUAAGCCUCCAACUGACCCACUACUUAUUUUCUGUAUCGAUAUCUCAGGGUCAAUGACUGUUAUGUCGCAGAUUACUGAAGAUGGACGGGUAACAUACAAAUCACGGCUGCAGUGUGUGCAGCAGGCGGUCCUGCAAUGUGUACAGUCCCUAAGUGAGAGAGAGCCAAACACCAGAGUAGGACUCAUCACAUUCAACAAACAGCUAUGCCUGCAUGGAAAUGGCAAGGCCGCCUCCCAGUUCCUCUGUGGCGCCCAGCUGAUGGAUUGCGCUCUCCUGAAGGAGGCGGUCUCCAGCUUCCCAGACCCACCCCCCCUGGCAGAGAGCAGGGCGUGGCUAGAGAGGGAGGUGCACAGUCUGUAUUCACUUUUGCAGCUGUCCUCGUUGCCGUUGAGCCUGGAGAAUACUGGAGACAAGGCUCUUGGUCCUGCAGCCCUUGCUGCCAUUACGAUGGCGUCCCGGCAUCCAGGGUCAAGGGUGGUGAUUUGUACAGAUGGCAAGGCUAACACCUGGCUGGGGAACCUCGACGUUCCUGAGACAGACUGUCGCUCACUUGUGCCCUCCUCCAUCUUCUACCAGGACUUAGGAGAGUUUGCCGCUAAUCAGGGGAUCACAGUGUCAGUGCUGACCAUAGAGGGGACAGACUGUCGGUUAGAUGAACUGGGAAGACUUUUUGACUUGACUGGUGGAAAUGUCGCGAUUGCUAGUCUGAGUGGCCUUUGCACUGCAUUCGAGUCAGUGAUGGAGAGGAAAGCAGUGGCCACACACUGCACUGUGACCUUGCUGCUCCCAACUGCUCUGUCUGUGAGAGGAGAGAGGGAGGCUGGUCAUAAGGUCAUUAGGCAGGUGGGGAAUGUGUUUUCAGACACAGAGAUCACCUUCCAGUUUGGAGCAAAGGAGCAAGACACGGCAACUUUGCUCUCUGCCAGCAAAGUGUGGGCUCAGCUGCAGAUACGAUAUCGGAGUACGGAUGGCAGAACGGUGCUCAGAGUGCUGACAGUCCACAGGAGGGUGACGGCAGACAGCUCGCAGGUCCUGUCCUCCCUCUCUCUCCCUAUUCUUCAGCUCAACUUAUCUCAGUCCAGCGCUGCCCUGGCGGUGAGAGGGCGCUAUAAAGAGGCAUGGAGAGAAGGAGAGACACAAGCAAAGCUUAUGGAAAUGUUUCUAGAUUAUGUGAGAAGUGUUGAGGAAGAACAGAAGCACAGACAAUGGGUGGAAAUCAUGGAUCCCAUCUUUAACAGCAUUGAUAUCUACACAAGGGCUAAGCCUUUCUCUAUGUCAGAUAUACAGGCUCUCACAGACGCGGGCGCGGCGCUGCUCUUCACCAUGAAGAACGGCUCCCGGACGUCGGCGCUGCCCAGAAGCAUGGUGCUUGUGGGUCCAGCUGAAAUGGCCCAGGCCUGCUAACUAGCGGGCAGCAAUAGCUGACAGUCACAGACCCACGCUCAACACCUCCUCCUGCCUGGGACAGCCGGCAUCCUCCAUCUCACCAGGGCUCUUGGGGCUCCCUGUCCCUGGCCUUCCCAGCUGCCCCCGUCCCUCUCCCAAAUCCUCCGCCUGCAUCUUUACACUCCUUGCUCUCCAUGAGAAAAUUAUGGUUAAUUAACUGCGGGCUAAUUGUUGCCUUCUAACCAAAUAAACCGUCACAGCAAGCAAAACACCCUCCCCCCGUCCUCAGCGGCGUGAUGCUUGUAGAGUUUUAGACAUUUCCCACCCCCCACCUUUCUAUCUGUACAAUUUAUACAGUUUUCUUUUGAACAUCUUCCAAUUAUUUUUAUAGUUUUACCCAUAUAGUCUGCUCAGUACCAAUUCAUUUUCAAUCCAGAGUGCUUUAUUGGCACAGUAGCUGGACUGUGCUGCCAAAGGUGCCAACAAGGGGGGUCAUACAUUAAAAUGAGCAGAAAGGCAAUUUCACAAGUGAGGGAGGAUUGACAUGAUAGAAUGUGAGAAACAUACAUACACAGCCGAAAGGAGCAGCCAUUCUGUAACUGUGGAAAACAGACCGAAUGCUCCAUGCUGAACAAACAGCAUAAAUGGUUUCCAAUAAUGUGGCACCAAAACGGUUUAAUCUGUGGAAAAGAGCCGCGAUGUUCACAGCAUCUCCAAGCUGUGUCUCUACAGGAGGGACAAGAGUAAAGCAGCCUGUGUAGUUUGUACAGACUCCCGACACUGUGGUCCAGAGUGCUCUCUGCAUGACCCUCAGUAUGUGACAACCUCCCAAUAGAUCAAGCAGCUAAUUGCUAAUUGCAUUCAGUUCUUGGGGCUCCUAUACUGAAUGACAAUGCUGGAGCUCUCAGGUCCUGUGUAAUAACUCCCAGUGUUUCCUGUCCAAACUGAAUGGAUGUGCUCACUCCCAGUGCUGCUCCUUAAAGGUGGGCUUUUUUUAUAACCAAGAUAAAAUGUGCAACGUGUGAAAAGUAAAAAAAAAAGGGG